UAAAAUAAGAUUCGAGAUUCUUCCAGUAUUAUAAAUAAUUAACUUGACAUAGGUGAAUUUCUUAGCGAUAUAUGUACGGACAUAUAUCCUCAGAUAAAUUGUUACGAUGUGCUUUCCCUAUUAAAUCCACGACGAUCAGUUACAACAAUUCAAUCGGAUCAUGCAGUGACUCUUAAACUAGUGCUAAUUGGUGAUUAACCGUGAUUGAUUUUAAUACAGAUUGUUGCCACGAUCGAAGCCUCAUUGAUCGAGAUUCGAGAUCGAACGAGACGCAUGGACAGAUCCUCCGUUGUUCCGUUUUAACGUGAAACCGAAGAGUCUGUCGCGAUGCUCGACUCUUCGCUCGAUCCUCGCCAGGCUGUUUCACUCCGUCCGUGCUUCACUCUACUUACUGAGGCUGACCCUGUUCGUAAUAAUUAAUGGCGUUACACCGGGCGAGUGCGUGGCGGUGGUUUACUCAUGGCUAGUCCCGGUGAUAAGCGCAGCCGGUGAACCCUAACCGAGACCACGAGCAAGGGUGCGUGACUGCAAGGAUGCGCGCACGCAGGAGACGGUGCGUGAUGUCCCGGUGACGACGACGGCGACGGCCACGAUCGCGAUCAAGACCACGAUCACGCACGCACGCACGUACGUAUUCACGGACGUGUACACGCGCGAGAGAAAAAAGACAGAAUAAGAAACAAAAAGGUAGAGAGCCAGAAACAGCCGCCGAUGCCGCAAUGAGGCUGGGUCCGAUUAUCCUGUCCUGGGCCACGGCCACGGCCGGCUGGCUGGGCUCAUCGAGCGGAAUCGCGACGGCGACAGCGGCGGCAAUGGCGCGGGCCCCGCGCUCUCGGGACUACGAGCUUUCGACGGAGUUCUUCCUGGUGCCGUCCGAGAUCGGGCACGGCCUGGCGAGCGUGGCGAGCGUCAUCAGCGUGCCGGCACCGAACCGGACGAUCACGGUCUUCAGGACGCCGCCGGGCGUCAGGAAGAGCCAGGAGGUAGAGAUGCGACCGACCCCGAAGUCCCUGCUGAAGCAACGGCCCUGGGCGCUGCCGCUCGCCGCGCUCAGCGCCGCGGUGAUGCUCCUCAUGGCCGGUUUCGAGGUCUUCGUCUUGUUCAAGGCUAGAGCAACGGCACCGAACAGACGACACUUGUUCCUGGGCCAGGCCUUGCUUCUCGGCCUCUUCCUCCUGGCGGGUCUCUCGGCCGCUGCCUCCCUCAGUCAAAAUCCACUGUCCUGCGCCGCUUUCCGGUUGGUGGGCCUCCCUGCUGCCCUCGUGUUCGCCGCUCUGCUGGUCAAAUGCGUCUUCCUGCUCUCGUUGAAUAGCGGCGUAUACCUGCCGGCGCCUUAUCAGGCGCUGGUGCUGGUGUUCGCGGUGUUGGUGCAGGUGGCCAUUGUCGGGCAAUGGUUUUACGGUGAACCACCUGCGGUGAUCCAGGUGCAACAGCAGCAGCAACAGCAGCAGCAGACGCCACGGCAAGCUACGGGCCAGAGCUCGUCGUCGUCCACCAUCACUUCCUGCAGGACCCCGCUCGGGCAGAUAGUGGCUUCCCUCGGGUAUCCCGGAGCGCUGUUGGUAGCAGUGGCAUGCUUAGCGAUCCGCGCGCGGGGCGUCCGGGACAAUAAUCGGGAGGCGGCCUUCAUCGGCCUGGCCGUCGGGCUCUCGCUGCCGAUUUGGAUUUCCAGCGGCAUCGGCACGUUCGCGGCCGGCAGCGAGGGCGAUCGAGAGGCCUGGCUGGCUUACGGCUUGCUCGCCACGUCACUCUUCGUCUUUCUCACGAUGUUUCUGCCGAAGGGCCGCCAGCUGGCCGCCCUGGGUCGCGAAGGACCCGCCGCGGUCAUUCGCGAUCGCGACGACGCCCUCAGCUCUCUCCCCGGUAGCGGCUACUCGCCUUCCUUCUUUCACUUCAAGCCCGCGGAGGCGUCCCUCAAGAGAAAGAUGCAUUAUCACAGCGCCGAUCGAGUCGCACUGGUCUCGUCCGGGAUACCCGGAUGCAGCGCCUGCAGGCACGGAGGAAGUCCCAUAUACUCGGACGAUUCCCUGUUUCCAGAUGUGCACGGACCGAUGGAAACGUUCGUUCUGCCACCCGGUAUGUACUUGAGACCGGAGGACGCCGGGAAUCUCUACACGACCUUGUCGGCCAAUCCCAACGUGUUCUUUCAAAGGGCUGCCCAUCCCGGAAUGAUGUACUGAGGCGAAUCUUAUCUCGUCGAUGACAAGACUCAUGUAUAUGCGUGUCGCGUAUUAAGAUUAGAUUACGGACAAGAGCGCGAUUGUUGAUCUCUCGUUACUUGUAAAUAAUUGCCGUUAUCAGACUUGGCGAGCGACUCUACGUACUUCUUUGUAGCUCGAACGAUCAUCACGCGGGAGUGUGUAUCUCCCGCCAGAGACGCACACGCGAUCAAUUGCAGAUCGCCGCGAGCAAUAAACGAGCCGCCUCUGCGUACCGCGGAUCACCGAUACGAGAGAGACUCGAACUGAAAGUGUACGUGCCUCCAGAAUAACGCAAUAAAUGUUACGAUACAUUUUUUUUUAA